CAACAUGAAUACCUCGAACACCAACGACAACGCCAACGCCAACGUCAACAACGUUCCCCCAUCAGCAUUCUCUCCUACCCGACCAUCUCAUCAACGUCGAAUGAGCACGGAAUCCACCUCGAGCACGAUCACCACGACGACCACUUCCCCGUCUCGCCGUAAACCAGUCUCUUACCUCCCGACCGACGAGAUGCCAUCGCACUACCUCUUGCAACAAGGCCAUUCGGGAAGCAGUACGACUUUGCCUAUACCCAUUACUCCUGGGAACGAAUCUACAUUGAAGCUGCAGCAUGGGGGAGAAGAAGAAGGAAAGAACGAUGGACCUAUCGGCGGAAUGGAAUUGACUACGGGACGAGGCCUUAUCAAACCGCCAGCCUAUAUCCUCGAAGUCGAGAUGCCUACCACAACGAACGAGGGGGACGUCACCCCGGCAGAACGAACCCGGUCUUCCACUCCACCGCCGACCUACAUCUACCCUCCACCUACCUCCCCCAGCUCGACGCUCUCGACUACCACCUCCAAUACCCUCCCCCUGCCCACCUACACGCCAGAGGCUAGCACCGAACCUCAAACCCUCCCCCGUCAACUGUUCAUGUACGGCUUCCUCUUCCCCCCACUCUGGGCUCUCGGAGCGAUCCUUCUCUGUGUCCCGUUGAAGGUCUACGAGGAGGAUUUCGAGUUGGAUUUCCAAAAUCGGCACCACGCGGAGGGGCAGGCGCAGGGUCAAGGUCGGAUUGAUGUGGAGAGAGGGCGAGAAGUGGCAGAGGGGGAAGAACAUGGGGGAGAGCUAUGGAAGAUGAAGAAAAGGGAGAGGGAGUUGCUGGAUGACAAGGUCAUCAUCCUCCGCCGAGCGGAGAUUCGAUGGGCGAGGUACUGCGCGAUCGGGUUUGCCAGUUUCCUAGGCCUGGUCAUUGUCGCUGUGGCAGUCGUCUUGUUCGUCACACGUCGAUGA